AUGAUUGGACGUUUUGUGUUGCGGGGCUACAUGCUCUGCUUCUGCUUGCUCAUCAUCAUCGCCCUAUUCAUCGGAACUAUCUCCGCACCUUACGGAUACUAUUGUCUCAACACUACCUAUACGGCCACCGGCACCUAUGGACAAUUUCUUGAAUCUCUCCUCUCCGAUCUUUCUUCCGAUGGCUAUGGAAAUGGUUUCUACAACUCCAGUGCCGGUGACGACUACGAUGGGUCUGGGAACACCGUGUACGGGCUGUUCAUGUGCCGGGGUGAUGUCUCAAUCACCGAUUGCCAGACUUGUGUAGAUGGAGCUAGCACAGAGAUACUGCGGCUAUGCUGGCCCCCCAACCAAAUGGCUGUUGUUGCCUGGUACGAUUACUGUAUGUUGCGUUACUCCAACAGUUCUAUGUUGGGGAGAGCCGACCAGUCGCCCGUCAUACAUUUUCGUAAUACGCAGAACGACUCUCAGCCGGCUAGCUUCAUGGAUGCUGUCGGAAACACGUUGAAUCAGCUGGCCACUCGCAGUAGCCGAUCACCCAAGAAAUUUGCGACUCUACAAGCUAAGUACACUGCAAAUGAGACAAUCUACAGUCUUGGGCAGUGCACGCCUUACCUUUCCGAUUCCGAUUGUCACAGUUGCCUCACAGCUGCAAUCCAACAACUGUCCCGUUGUUGUUAUUCAUCACUGGGUGCAAGAACUUACUCCACAAGCUGUAAUAUUAGGUAUGAGGUGUAUUCCUUCUACAAUAGCAUCGCCGACCCAGCUCCACCGCCGGCCCCCCUUCCUAUCCGUCCUCCUCCUCCCGUUCCUUUCCGUCCUCCUCCUCCCCCUCCGCCUACCGGUGAAGGUAAACCUUUUCUUGAAAUUGUAAUUGAUGGUAUAUAUGUAAAUUAA